AUGGCGGUCCUCUGCUCGAUUGGAGGUAUCACUGGAUUUGCAAGGACAAAGUCUAUACCAUCACUGGUUGCUGGUGUCGGUGUUGGUGGCAUGUAUGGUUAUGCGGGAUACCAAAUUCGGAACGGUGGAAACUAUGGAUAUGAAACAGCCCUUGCUGCGUCUGUCAUCCUUUUCCUUUCCUCCGUUCCUCGUGCUCGCAAGGGGCCUGUCCCUCUCACGCUAUCGAUCACUUCGGCAGCAGCAGCGAUAUAUUACGCCAAAGUGGUGUAUGACUUCCGAUUCACAAUGGUCAACCACGAAGGGCUUGGAGUGCAGUGCAGCUCUCGUUCCCGGUCUCGUUCCCCAAGCUGGCGAGAUGAACGCGAACUACUCCCAUAUCAACGAAAGUUCGCUCCUCCCACCGCGGUCGGCGCGAUACCAGCAUAUCCUGCUUCACCGCGCACUCCAAGCCCGUCUCGCCGUUCAAGCUCUCCUGCAGCUCCUGGGUAUCGCGAGUUUAAACCUCGUAAUCAACACAUCAUGGGAGUUACGAUGAUUUUGUUGUUCGCAUUAAUUAACAAGGUCGCUGGUGUAUAUGGCCUGGUCUCCUUGUUUUUUGGAGGAUCGGCUGCUCAAAUCAGCAUGUACGUCUAUUCUUCGCUCGCCAUAGUGGCGUUGGCUUGGGGCUUGAAAGCCGUUACGGAUGAAGAUCCAAAGCGUACCUUUUACUUUGCACAUAUUUUUGUGGCUGAUCAUCUACUCGGGACUAUCUGGACCGUAUUUUUUGCUGUUCUGUGGUGGGUAUACAACCCCCACGACGGGGAAAAAGUUGUGAACUCGGCGGCCCAGGAGGCCAUGGCCGGCGCUCAUGGCAACACAACUAUGACACAUGAGGAGAGAGUAGCAGCGGCGCAGCUCAUAUGGAACAAGGAGAAGGGACUCGCUGCAGCCGUUCUCAUUGCGGGGUGGAUAUCAAAGAUCUACUUUGCAGCAUUGAUAUACUCAUAUGCCACCCACCUUCGUCAAGGUUCUUACCGUACCCUACCCAUGACAGCUGCUCUUGCAAACAGUAUUUCGAAUAACGGCGACAACACGUUGAUGGAAUCGGAUCUAGAAAGCGAUGACGAGACGGACGGUUCCACUCUAUACCGCAUGCCUGUCAGAACCCCAAGGACCGGCGACAAUUUUGCAGAAUUUUCGAACGGGCCCAGUCGUGGCCGCAAACCGGGAACUUCCAAGGGAUCUAAACUCGGGGAGCCGAUAGAUUCAAAUGAAGAGGAAGUGCUUUGGGACGAGGAGGAAGAACGGGCUGGUGCAAGUGGUAUGAGUAGUAAACUUGAAACCGAGAGCGAUCUGUCGAGCUCAACUGAUCCCGAAGCGCAAGUUCGACCAUCGCAUAUUCGCUGA